AGUUUACUCGGCGCGAGGGCUGUGACAAACUGUCACAAAGAAAAUGCAGAAUCGAAGAUUCCUUGGAAUUCUAUACGUCGCUGUUUUUGUAUGGAUGUCAUUCUGUAUAAGGGACUCUCUGCAAGGUGAACACCAGAGGAAGCUGUACAAGGAGCUGUUGGCCAACUACAACCGACUGGAGAGACCUGUGGCCAACGAUUCCGCCCCACUGGUAGUGGAACUGGGAAUCACACUGCUGCAGAUCAUCGAUGUGGAUGAGAAGAAUCAAGUGCUUAUAACCAAUGCUUGGCUACAACUGGGCUGGACAGACGUGUAUCUGAGCUGGAAUCCUGAUAACUACCCAGGUGUGAACAAUCUGCGCUUCCCCUCCAAUCAGAUCUGGACCCCAGACAUCCUCCUCUACAACAGUGCUGAUGAGAGGUUUGACGCCACCUUUCACACUAAUGUUCUGGUGAACUCAUCUGGAGCAUGUCAGUAUAUACCACCAGGCAUCCUGAAGAGCACAUGUUACAUCGAUGUGCGUUGGUUCCCGUUUGAUGUGCAGAAGUGUGACCUGAAGUUCGGCUCCUGGACGUACAAUGGCUGGUUGCUGGACCUGCAGAUGCAGGAAGCAGAUAUCUCUACAUACAUCCCCAACGGGGAGUGGGACUUAGUGGGGGUCCCAGGGAAACGGAACGAGUUGUAUUACGAGUGUUGCAAGGAGCCGUACCCGGACGUGACGUACACGGUGACCAUGCGGCGGCGGACGUUGUACUACGGCCUCAACCUGCUCAUCCCCUGCGUGCUCAUCUCCGGCCUCGCCCUGCUGGUCUUCCUGCUGCCUGCCGACUCCGGAGAGAAGAUCUCGCUGGGCAUCACUGUGCUGCUCUCGCUCACCGUCUUCAUGCUGCUGGUGGCCGAGAUCAUGCCGGCUACGUCUGACUCGGUCCCUCUCAUAGCGCAGUACUUUGCGAGUACAAUGAUGAUCGUGGGCUUGUCCGUGGUCGUCACGGUGCUCGUCCUACAGUUUCACCAUCACGAUCCACAGGGAGGCAAAAUGCCAAAAUGGGUGCGAGUGAUCCUGCUGAACUGGUGCGCCUGGUUCCUGCGCAUGAAGAAGCCGGGCGAGGACAGCGGGACAGCGUACAAGUACGCGCGCUCGCCGCUGCACCACGCCAGCGCCGGCAGCAUCCAGCUGACCACCGUGGCCGGCCCGCCGUCGCCGGCCACGAACGGCCACGCCAACCUCUAUUUCGGCUUCCUCGCCGGCGAGGGCCCGCCCAGCGGCGACUCGGGCGUGUCGUCGGCAGGCGAGCGGCGGGAGGCGGCGCAGGAGCUCCAGCGCAUCCUGGCCGAGGUGACGUACAUGGCGCAGCGCUUCCGCGCCCGGGACGAGGCGGAGGCGGCGCGCGGCGAGUGGAAGUUCGCGGCGGCCGUGGUGGACCGCCUCUGCCUCGUCACCUUCUCGCUCUUCUCCAUCGUCUGCACCUUCGCCAUCCUCAUGUCGGCGCCCAACUUCAUCGAGGCCGUCGCCAAGGACUACACGUAG